UUCUUCCCUGUGUUCAAAAUCAACUCGCAUUAAUUGCUACAUGUGUCGAUAUUUUGUUUAAGGAGUUCCGUAAGCCGGUGUUGUAAUCAAUAAUGUAAACAUUGAAGGGGUAUAUCAUCGCAAAAUUGAGGAAAAUAGACGAAAAUUCUUUUCUCAGUUGGGGGUCACAAGUGUGUCGAAAAUCUGAAUUGAGACAAAAGUUUCCAUGCUUGGGUCAAUCCAGUUCACUAAUGCCAACUUUUCUCAAAAGAAGAGUCCAGGAGUUCACCAAUUUGACAGCAGCCAAAGAUGUGAUCUGGACCUGCCAGCCUCGUCUAUAAAACUGUCACAAUGGCUUCCGGUCCCUUCACUGCUGCUGGGCAGCUGGGUAGCAACAUGAUGUGUAUGGGUGUGCCAGCACUCAACUACGCUUACAUGAACAUGAUGAGAAAUCCCAAUAGUGCUCUUGCCCAUUUAGCAGAAAACCAGGUAAAUCCAAACCUGGAGACUCAGAUCAGGAACCACAUUGGUGAGAACUCACUGAUCAGCGUCUUGCAUACUCCAGAUGGAAAGGUGUUCCGGUGUAAUUUGUGCGCCAAGUCGUUCUCGAUAUGGACUGAACUCGAAAUACACUUGCGAACUCACGCUGGGGAGGGUGGGGCUACAACUGGUCAUGUGACCCAAGUGUUCAAUGAGGAAGGGGAGACAACUUUCGGUUGCAAUCUCUGUGAGAAGAAGUUCAAAGUGUGGGGUCACUUGCAAGCUCACAUUCGCAGUCAUACAAAUGUCAACAAGGACAAAGGACACAUGAACUUGCAGAAUCACAUCAAUAUUCAGAAUCAGAACCAGAAUACCAAUCAAAACCCCGAACUUCAAAACCUCGAGCAUAGGGACAAUGGUCAGAAGUCUCAGAAUGAACCAAAAAUGAAUGCUAACCUAGGUAACCUCUCUAACGGUGAAAACAUUUUGCAAAAAUUGUCAAUUUUCAUGUGUAAUGUGUGUACGAAAACAUUCAAAACACGAGAACAGUUGCAGGAACAUGGAAAGCAGCACAAUCACAACCUGGAUGGUCGAAAGGAAGGCACCUGUAUGAACGUAGGAACUGAUCCAAUGGAUAUCUCUUUUGACUGUAAUCUUUGUGCCAGAACUUUUUCUGCUCGUGAGUUGUUUCAAGACCACAUGAAGAGUCAUGUGAAUGACCGUGCUGCCCUCUACAUGAUGUACACACCAGACAAGGAAUGCCCCUACAAAUGUAAUUUCUGUGGGGAGACAUUUAAGGUGAUGAUGAACCUCCAAAACCAUAUCAAAACGCACAUGCUUAACACCAACAUGAACACAACGAAGAUCAAGACGGAGAAGCAGUUUAAAUGCACAGAAUGCAAGAAGUCGUACGACGUCUGGGGCCACCUUCAGGCCCACAUGAAGAAACACACUGGCGAGAGCAAAAGUGCUGCUCAGCUGGUUGAAGGUCAGAUUCCCUUCAAGUGUGAAGUUUGUGAGAAAAUCUUUUCUGCCAAAGCUCACUUGAUGGGGCACAUGAAAAGUCACGGAGAUCCGGCUGUUUGUGACAUUUGUGGGAAGGAAUUCAUGUCCCAGAAUCAUCUACAGCGACACAGGAUUAUCCACACAGGGGAACGGCCCCAUAAGUGUGACAUCUGUGGAAUGAAAUUCAUUCGCAAGGAACACCUGAAGAGACAUGUGAUGACGCACUUGGCAGACAAGUCGGUCAUGUGCGGAUGUGACAUGUGUGGCAAGUUUUUCAGCCGACCUGAGCAUUUGCGUCGUCACUAUCGCAUGCACACUGGGGAACGGCCUUUCAAAUGUGACCUUUGUGAGAAAGAAUACUCUCGUAAGGAUCGCCUCCAACACCACAUGAGAAGCCAUGAGAAGGAAGUCCGGGAUGUGCUGAUGAACAGUGCAUUCAAUAUGAAUGAGAUGGUGGGCCAGACUAUGAAACGGUCGUCGUCGGGCGGAGAAGGACAAACAAGCUCCAACUCCAGCAUCUCCAGUCAGUCCUCCAAUGGUGAUGUCAACCAACAACAACAGCAACAACAACAACAGCAACAACAACAGCAACAACAACAGCAACAGCAACAACAACAGCAACAACAACAGCAACAACCUUCCAAUCAGUCCUACCCUCAAGUCUCUAGUGCUCAGCAGUUCUCUCACUCCCCGGACAUGAGCAUGAGUCAAGCUUCCUUGUCAUCCAACAACCAGAAUCAUAAUCACAAUAACGGCAACAACGGCGAAGCUCCAACCCAUGCAGAGCUUGCGGCUGCUUGCAGCAGCCCUGCACUUGCCCAGGCGCCAAUCAUCACUGCGGAACAAGCUGUUCGGCUGUCACAGAGCAUCAAUGUGCCCAACUGCAGUCAGGCCCAGAUGAUGAAUAACGCCAUCAAGGUCCCAUUAGUGUGCUCUUCCCCGGCAACGAUCAUUGCCCCAGCAAUCGCUCUGCAGACCAUUGGUCAAGGCCUGCACAUGCCUGGUCAGAACAUAGGACUUGCUGGUCUUCAGGACCGUCAGCACAUGAUGCAUGGACACUCAAUGGACGGGAGCUUAGGUCCAGGUCAGAUGUUGAAUAUGCUGAGGCAGACUCAUACGCCUGUUAGCCACUAUGGGAACUCUUGUUAAGGAGACCUGUGUUGUUUAGUUAGUGGUGCACAUACAUCCCCUUGUGGUGCACAUGCAUCUUCUAGUGGUGCAAUGCAUCCCCUAGAUUCCCAGUAGACUUUAGUAGACCAACAUCCGUGGGGGGCAGUGUUAAUAGUGACUUGAGACAGUCUAGGCUGGAAGGCAUGAUCCUUAGUAGAUGGCUACCAGAGUCACUGUGAGCCAUGCUGAACAGCUUGGCAUUGAUCAUGUUUAUGUCGCCAAUGACAUACAAUAUGGAGGUGUGAAUUGUCAUAUCUUGUAUUAAGCAUGUGUGCAUUUUUGUUGUCAUGGUAACAGUCUCCACAUAGUGCUAGAUUUUGUUUUGAUGAUUCAGCAAAGUAUCAUGGAACUUGUUUCGGUAAUUGGCCAUGGUUUUGUUUGAAUAUUUUCGAAGUAUUAGGUCUACAGAUAUCCUGAACUCCAACAAUAUAAAUACGAGACCAAGGAGAGGGUGCCAUGUACACCCCAGUUUAGCAUUUGAAAAUAAUAUUCUAUUUCUGAACUUUUCUGUACUCACUCCCAAGUAGAUGCAACAGUUCAGAUGGAACCAUGGGUAGUGGAUGCAUGUUACAUGUUGGGGCAGGAGUGAUCAACUUGUCUCAGUCGCCGGCAGAGGACUGGAACGUGGGAUGGCAUCUUGUUAAAUGUUUUAAUAUCAUGUUUUUUUCUGAAGCUGCUUAAGGCUGUGUAGAGUGGUGUAGGAAAUGUCCUAUCAGAAAUAUGCAUAGUUUAAAUCUGCUUAUAAGGUUUAUGUGCCAAAUGAUUUAGUUUUAAUCUUCAACUUGCCUGAAAAACUGAUGGCGUUGUUUGUAGCCGACAGUGAUGCUGGUUGGGCAAGUCUUGUUGUUCUAAUAGUGUUCAUUUCUUAAUAUUUGAUUUUGCAGAUUUUAUUAAAUUGUUCUGAGCAUUGACAUGAUAUAUGAGAUGAGGUGUCUUCUUAAAAACAUAAACAUACAUAGCAGCACAUUUUGCAGUUAGUAAUGAUAUUGGGCCCUUGAGAAUUUUCUAUGGAAAUGUACUUGACACAUCAACACAUUCAAUUAUUUUCUUACUUCAUGAACCUAAAGAUAAUAAUAGGUUUAUUUGAUAAUGUUGUUGACGACAAGAAUUCAAGAAAAGUCAUAUUUUAUUUUGUACAUAUAAGACCACAGAAAGAAGCUGAGAUAAAUUUUAAAGCAAUGUUUUUCGUUUAUGGAUCUGUCAACACCAAAUUUCACAGCUGUUGGAAACAAAUAUAAAUAAUGUAGAGCUGAGUACACUUACUUUCAAUUAAGGGUAAGUAGGUUGUUUUUUUCAAAAACAAGUCCCUGCAACUAUGUUGAAGAACCAGUGUACAUGGUGUAAAGUUAGAGUGGAAAAUAUUUUAUGUAAACUACUAUUUUUUUACACUCAGUACCACUGAAAAAGGUCAGGGUCGGCACAAAGAAUUAGAGUUGGUUGGGUAAUCGCAACCACAUCCCUUUAUCUAAGGCUAUAAUGAAGCACAUUUUUGCAGUGUUGAAACUUAAAAAUGGGUCAAUAUCGGAAGGGAAAUAGCCUGUUUCUUUAAUUUUUGUUCUGAUUUUUCCUGAUCACAAGGCAUGUUUAAGAAGACAUUUAUUUAGUGAAAAUAAUUUUAAAGUUAAUUUUUUAGCAAAGCUAUCUAAAAAACAAGUAUGGUAAUUCUGUACCAACCCUAAUAACCAUGAAGAUUUUAGUGCUUGCACAUCCUGCAUUUUGAAAUCCAUUUCUGUAUUUUCAUUGAAGUAAUAUGAGCCAUGGAUUUAUAUAAGGUACUUUUAGUGUGUCAGUACUUACGUUUAAAUGUUGCUGAAGAUCAAUCAUAUGUCUAUACUAACAAUCAAAAUAGUUGUGUGAAUAGAGACACUUUUCUGCAAUAUGUUUUGUUUGCCAGUAACUGACUUUAUGGUGUGUUAAGUGUUCAGUUGUAUGUUUGUUAAUAUACAUUAUUCUUUAGCAUUUAAUUUUUUCGUACACAUACCAUGUAUUUUAUGUUGCAUGCCCAUUUCAUAAUGUACACUGACCGAUCACUCAGCAUCACUUGUUAAUAUCGAAGUCACAUUUGCCGACGGGCAUGGUUGUGAACCAGCUAUAAUUAUUAGUUAGAUUUUUCGUUGUACUUUGUUCUUUUUAUCUGUCCGAAAAUAUUUACUUGAUUUUAUUUUGUAUUUUACAAAACCAAACCAGGGUUUUGAAUGAUGUACAUUUACAUAAACACGUCUUAUUUCAUCAUGUAUGGACCUUGUUCUGUUUAACUCAAAACUUUAUUUGUGUGCACUUUGAAAUGAAAACCUAUGUCCAUCCACUUUUCUUCAGUGCUUUGACUUUCAUACCAAAAUGUUUAAUGAUGUGUUUUAGUGGCGUAUAAGCAAGGAGUUACCUCCCUUGGACCAGUAACCAACUAUCUAGGGCAUUUUGAAUAGCUUAAAAUUGAUUGUUUUCUUCUAAAUGCUUCGUAUAUGAUAGGAUUCCAAUAUGUGGGCAUUAUGAGUUCUUUUUUGGUUUAUGCUAGGAUUAUGAUAUUCUGUAUGCAUUCUGAAAUUCCUAAUAAGUUUAUGCUUCUGACUUGUAUUAAGUUGAAGCUAUGAAGGAUGUGUUUAUUUAAAGUGGAUUAGAAUUUGAAUUUUGACACCAGUAAACUGAUUAACCUAUGGCAUAUUAGUGACACUGGUAGAUUAUUGCUGUUUGGAAGUAAAAGUCCGGAAUUAUUGGAGUUCUUACAUGAUGGUAAAACUUAGAUGUUAUUCACCUGAAUUCUUGCAGUCAUUACUUUGAUACUUCUGACAAAUAACACAGACAUGAAAUGGACACAAAUAUAACAUUUGUAGGUUCAUUUUGAUCAGCCUUGAAGAGAUUUAAAGGUAAUUGGUUCUGUCUAAAAAUAUCCUGAUAUUUAUGAAGUCUCUUUCUGCUUGAAUGUUUUUGUGUAAAAAGAUAUUUUUCUGAAAGUUUGCAUGUACUUAUUUGCUUAGCCGUAGCCUAUAGAAGUAGAUAUGCAUGAAUAUUGGUAGUAUAUGUAUUAGCCAUUGUCCAUGUAUUUUGAACAUAUUUAUUUUGAAUCUGUUUCAGCUGGUUCACAAGGAUCUUUCAUAUUUCCCCUGUUUAUGAUAGAGAGGUUGUUCGUGUGAAUAUUAUGACAACUUGUUUGAGAUCCCAGUUCGUUUCCCCUGUGUUCAGAAUUUCAGCAAUGUUGCUAUGUCCUGGUGAGAUGCUGUUUUCAUGCAUUCUAUCAUUCAUGGAAAGUGCUGCAGACAUAAGUGUUUGUUGCACAGGUCUGUGUUCUAUGAACAUGUUAUCAUCCACUGUCUAACUUGUUCUAUUUAUAUUUGUAUGAACCGAGGGAACAUUUCAAGUAGCACUAAAGUUGAGCAGUCAUAAACUAUCAACAUUUUAAGUGAUCAAAUUAUGAUUAUAAUUAAUGCCACAAAUUAAUUAUUGUUUCAUCCAAAUUAUCAAAAAUGUGAGGCAGGAGACAUUUUAGUGUUGUUAUUUUUUUUAAUUGUUUUUAUGAACUCUUUGAGGUUUCUCUGUCUAAUUUUUUGAUGGAUGUGAGCAACAUAAAACAUGAAUGUGUGCUAAAACUGUUUAACUGUACAUCUCGGAUAGUAUUGAAGGAAGCUAACAGUAAUUCUGCAUAUGCAGGUACUAAAGGAUAAUGAGAUUUUGUGAGGAGGGAAUGAAGUUUUUAUCGCAUAAGUUAUAUUUGACCAUUGUUUAUUAUUCUGUCAAAGUAAAAUAUUUAUUCUCCCCGUGAUUUUCAGAGCGAGCAGGUUCCAACACCUACUUGUGUUGAAAAGAAGGAUGUCCAUGACUCGAACUGCCCUGUAUUGAUGACUUUGCAAUGGAUCAUAGCUAUUAAAUAUACUGAAAAUUUAGAUUUAAAUUUGUUCAUAUUGUCUAAUGUUCACACAAAUGGCACGUGAUAAUGCUGAAAUGUUACAAAGGAUGGUGGAAACCAAACUUCUGGCUGGGCAUGGUGAGCAUGAACUGUGUACUGUUAUGUAACUGUAAGAGGUACAUGUGUAUGGUUGUGUUGACUCCUAUGACAUCUGGAAACUGGACAGUGAGGUGACUUAAAUCAAAUAGAAGCCAAGGUAGCAGAGCUUCUGCACAUAGACAACCACAGGUUAUCUGCCACCAAUAUCACAAACCUUUGUUAACAAGAGACAGUUUAGCUUGAUGUAAAUUUUGCAAUCCUUUUUUUUACUUUGGCACAAAAAGUUAUUUACCUGAAAGAAAUAUUAUUCUAUUUAUUAAUGUGUUGGUUUUAUUUGCCUUCUGAAAGUAUGAGAGUAAACGAUGAUUGUUUUGGUUGAUGAUAGGUUAAGACAACUUUAACUAAGAAUACAUUUGUGGUGCAAGUUUAUGGCUUGUGUUGAACAUGCAUAUAUGUACAGGUGCUAUACAGAAUCUGUUUUAUACUGUUGUAGAAAAAUAUUUUUGUUUAAGUCAGAUGUUUUCAAAGAGUAUUAAUCCUGUUAUAUCCAGUUCUGAUUGAGUCAGUAACAAAUGAGUUUUUUACGAUGAAAGUCUCUGGUUUAGAAAGACAAAUAUAUCUUAACACAAUUCUUACCUGUUUAAGGUUUUAUUGAUAUUGACCAGUUGGUGAACACCAGUAUCUGGGCACUGUGGCUUUCAGCGGGUGGAUCUGGAACAGCUGAAGCUGUAGAGUAAGGCUACUUUUAUUUUUUCAUAAGUAUCUUUUAAGUACUGUGUAUUCAGUUUCCGGCCAGGUAAUACAUUUUUACUUGUAAGUUUUAAUUUCUGUUUGUUUGUACAAUUUAUUUUAUAAUGACCACAUAAGUAUCAUAGAUUUGGAUAUUUAUUUUGCCAAAUGUUAACAUUUGAACUGAUUUUAUAUCAAUCAUUUAAGAUUAGAUUUUUGAUCUAGUGUUCUUUUGCUAUGUCUUAGCAGAGAGUUAUUUUAUGUUUUUCUGUCAUGAUAGGUAUAAAGGUAGCUGAACCUAUUCUUUGUCAUAACAUGAAAUCUUCAAAUAUUUUAUUGAAAAUUGUAUAAAGUUGUCAGGAAUUGCGAUGAAAGAAUAAUCAGUUUAUUGUGGCAUAACUGUAGAAAUAGAUCUGAGCUGAUUAUCAGUGAUCAUCGCAAAGCCAUGUUUCUGUGAACAAGUCUUACUUGAGACAUAGCUCACUGCCAUGACGUAUUGCUUUAUAGAUGUAUAAUUCAGCUGAGUCAGCUCACUGGCCAGAAGCUUUUAUAUGUGUGCACCAUGGGCAGGUCCCUCCUCCAGCCCUGUGUGUUGUAAUUAGUGCCAUGUUGGAACCUCAGACAUUAUCCCUGUGAAAUUAAGGUAUUCAUAAACUAGAAUGCAUCAUAAACGAUGUGGGGUUUAAGACAUAAAUGAAACUUGUCAGUUCAAAUUAACAGGAACUUAGUCCCCCUUUAGGGAUUUAAACAGAUGAAAAGAAAAUAGCUUAUUUACAUAAAUUAUUUUGAAUUUGAAAUUUGUCAGUGAAUUAAAUUUAUUUAACAACAUGUGUAUGAACAUUUUUACUUAUUUUAAGUAAACAUCUGAGCAGGAUGUAACAUGUCAAAUAUAAGGAAAAACGAUUAAGUUGAAAGUGGAAGUGUUAAAAGUGCAAUAAAUCGUCUAUUUUAAGAAGGUUAGUCUUGAAUUUUAUCAAUGUAUUUUGGUAUAUCCACUACAUUCUGUAAGUUUACUUGUAAAUAACUGUUCAAAGUCAAUAUUAGCAUGCCUGUCUUGUGUUUACCUGUUGAUAUAUUGUAAUAAUCCAUAUAUUAUUUAGUUGCCGAAACUGCGGUCCACAAAAAACAUUGCUUGUUCAACAGCCAAGUGAAACACUGAAAGUCAUAAUUUGCAAGAAUAAUAUCCAAGUGUGUAGUUGUGUGGGUUGACAACGGUCAGAUGGAUACAGUUACUUCCUGUAUCAGAGUUCUAGUAUUACUGAAUCUCAUGGACAUUCACUGUCAUGUUUAUUGAACUGCAACACGCUUGUACUGGCUGUAGCACUGUAUUCCCUUAUCUCCAUUGCUGUUGUUUCAUUGUGUUCAUUAAUUAAACUACUUAAUCACUGUAAUAUGUUUUCCUGUCUAUAAUUUCUAAUUGAAUUUGGUUUAGACUCUUAUAGGGUUUUGUUCAAUUCAUAUGGCCAGUCUAACUGUCUUUUUUACACUUUUGUUUUCAAGUGAGGAUAUGCUUGAGACAUAACUGCAUUUGCUUUAUCAAGAGAUUUUUCUCAGUUCAAAGAAAUUGAAAUUAUAUAUUAAUGCUAAUAUUAAUUAUACUACUCAUCAUUUGCUAAGGACCACACUCUUGACUAAAAUGACUAUUUUGGCCCUUAAAUGCUGAGUAGUAUAUUUUGGUGCACAUUAGGAUCUGUUGUAAGAAUAUAUUUGUGCUAAUGCUUGCAUGUACAGGAAACAAGGUUUUUGUGUGUAUGCUUUCAAUCUGUGUGUGAAACAAAGUUACAACACUCAUACAUAGCAUUAAAAUUCAAAGAUCCUUAUAUCUUAAUUGUUUUGUUUCACUUAAAAUUUUGCUUCACACAAUGGCCAAUUUGGUAAACUGUCAAACCAAUCAAUCUCAGCUGUCCCUCUCAUCCCAGAGCAUUUAACAGUAGAUGUACAUGUACAUACUAUUUUUGUAGUCAUGCCAUUUUCUGUUGAAAAAGGCUGAGGAGUGUCCAUCAGUAUUUAUCAUGUUCAUAUCAUGUAUAUUUCCCAUAAAGAUUGUAUUACAAAGUGUUUUGAUGGUGUAAACUGACAACAUUUUCGUGUCAAUUGUAAUACUUAGACAAAACUAACAAGCAUGACCACGGACAAAUAUGUAAUAUAAACCAUGUUUCUAUACACUAGGUGUUUUGGUUCUGUUAGGAGAGUAUCCGCUGUGUGUGCAGGUCAUCAGUCUGAUGUAACAAACAUGAUCAUGAUAAACAGACAGAUCCGUAUGUAAUAAACAUUUUGAUGUA